ACCACGGUCGCAAGAAUGGAGGCCAUGGAUGUGGACGGAGAUUCGGUGGUGGAUCUGAGCAUCAGCAGUGGUAGGCGUAAUUCCCCGUCCCUUUCUGUGAAUGCUGGUGACAUCCCGUUGGACUUGGGGGUUCACUAUUCCUCCGGCUCCAAUUUGGAGAACAAUAUGCCAGAGGCACGUAAUAUACAAAACGCAGCCCGUGGUAUCUUGGCUCCUAAACGAUCACAUGGGGACGAACGUAAACCACGUCGUAAUCUUAGACCUAGAAUCGAAAGGAGUUAUGCCGAGAGUCCUGAUGAGCCUAGGAUGAAUGGAUAUCUAAAUGGAAAUGCUUCGGAUAGCGAUGAAGGUGACAUGCCUCCGUUGGUGCCAAUCAAGGAACUGUCAUCCGAUGAGCUGGCUGAACGCGAAAGACUGCUCAGAAAAUGUAGAGUAGAGCUCAAAUCCGAAGAAAUGAAAUUAGUGCUUCUGAAGAAAUUGCGUCAGUCUCAGCAACUGAAAGAAAACAUUGCGACAGCACCCAAAGUGCUUAAUAAAUUACCACCGCCAGUAACGGCACAGCAGGUGCCUCAUAGAGCUGGAAAAGCACCUCCGCCUUUACUUAAGGGUCAGCCUGCACCGAGCAGAAGUAGUAGUUUACAUGCUCCACCGCCUGGCAUGGUACUGCCUCCUAACGCUGGUCGAAAUGCAAUUCCAAGUACAGGCGGGAUGCCUCCAAAUAUGGUAAUACCACAACCACCUCAUCCUAGAGGAAGACCACCCAGUGUAGCGGCGGCAAGCGUCUCGAGUUAUCAUGCGCCAACGGAUAGAACGGAGAGAUCUACAAAGGAUCCAACACCGACUCCAGCGCAUCAAGUAAGUAAGCUGCUUGCUGGAUCACAAGAAAAUAAAACCACCGCAUCCUUAAGCACACCUGUGAAUUCGGAACAGGAGAGAACAUCACGAGAAGAGACACCUGCUCAACGUCAAGCAGCUGCCAAAAUGGCCCUAAGAAAGCAACUCGAGAAAACAUUAUUACAAAUACCACCGCCAAAACCACCACCGCCAGAGAUGCAUUUUGUGCCGAAUCCCUCCAAUACGGAAUUCAUAUAUUUGGUUGGUUUGGAACACGUGGUCGAUUUCAUAACGAAGGAACCGGCAAUACCACCACCUCCUGAACCAUUCGAGUGCUCACAAUGCAAAACAGACUUCACGCCUGUAUGGAAAUGGGAAAAACCUAUGCCUGGUGGUAAAAAGGAUAGCCCCAGAGGGCAACAUGCAACUUUCCAACGUCCUUCAGCGGGCCGCGAUCCUAGGGUUAUAUGUGAGCAUUGUGUGACAACUAAUGUAAAGAAAGCGUUGAAAGCAGAACACACAAAUCGAUUAAAAACUGCUUUCGUGAAAGCGCUACAACAAGAACAGGAGAUAGAGCAAAGGCUAGCGCAAGCGGCAUGUCCAAGUCCAGAUCCUCCAGCUCCGAAACCAGUUCCUAAGGCAGCCACUCCUACAAGAAGAGUGGGUACGCCACCUGCGCCUCCGCCGCAGGUGCCACCGGCACCUACGUUGACGCCGACUCCUCCCGCGCCGAAACUGCAAGAGCAUCCCUUAGUGAAACUGGCCGAGAGCGGGAAGUUUACUCCGCAUCAUGCAGCUGCUGCGGCAGCUUUGCAGCAACAAUUGCUCAGAGAAUUGGCUAAGAAUCCAGUACCAGGUAUACCACCGCAUCAACCUCUUCCUGCUCACAUGAUGCCACAUUUUACCUCGAUACUGUAUCCCUACCAAUUAGCAAUGGCUGCCGGUGGUAAAGGCCUCGUAGAGUUACAACGACAAGCGGCGGAUCUUCAACGUCAAUAUCUGCUCGACAUGAUUCCGUCGCAGGCAUCUCAAGCGCAAGGCAAUCAAGCACCACCGAGAGCUCAUCCACAUAACUGGAAAACGUAACCGGACGCAUUUAAAAGAUGAUGUAGCAGUAAAUGCGAAUAAACAGUGAAAACGUGUAUAACGGAAGAAAUGAAGAAGCUAAGGAGAAUCUAGUAAAGUGUGCAGUCGUAAUUCUGUACGUCUGAAUUACACUGAAUGCCAACGUUAGUGUCUCAGUUAAGGUGAAGCUCAACUUGAAGUACAUCGGAAAAAUGACAUUCGUUAGUAUUGUAUAAAUAAUUGUUGUGAAUAUUGUCAAUUGACGUGUACGUUUAUGACUUUAUUGUUAUCUAAGGGGUAAAGGUUUUAUUUCCGUCACUGAAAUACACACUCAACGUACGUAUGAGUUGGGAUACAGAGUCGCGUCGUAAGUAAUUAAUUCAUUGUUUAGUGGAGACCAUCUGAACUCUCCCGAAUUGGAAAUGUCGGUCAUUUCCUUUUUCCUGAUUUUUUUUCGUACAUAUAUGUGUUAGCACUUCGUUAACGUGUCGUUAACGUUGUCCACUGAACAACUGAUAUAUAAACAUAAUAAUUAAUUUAAGCGUAUCA